GCCCUUUCGUGAGGACCCCCGAUGCGCGCGCCCCCCCUUUGGCCCCACUUGGACAAAACGCUUUACUUUUACACUCACCUCUCGACACUCUUUCCACUUCCGGAAGGCUUUGGAGGAAAUGAAAAACAGCUCUUCUGAACCCGGGUGUUCCCUCGGCAGACACCACCUCCAUCCACUUCCAGGCUAUGAGCACAACUUCAGACACCAGCAGUCAGAGCCGGGAUCUUAUCCUAAUAGUUUCCAGCUCCAGCAAAUAGAGUUUCUCAAAGGGCAGCUCCCAGAGAUACCCCUAAUUGGAAAACAGACAUCUCCACUGCCACCGUUCUUCCCUGGACUCUGGGCACGGUUUCCGGGACCACCUGCCAGAGGCAGGCAACAGGAGACCUGGGGUGUCCCCAGGGGCGUGCCUCUGAAAAGUCAGGCGCUCCAGAGAGGGUUCCAGCCUCCUCCCCCACGUGGCAGGACUCUGCCAUGGCGUGGUGUUGACAGGCUUUCCGUACAUUUCCAGGAACUAAGUAUCUGCCAGGAUCAGGAACAGAGGGUCUUGGAACUCUUGCAGGAGCUUGGCGAAGGGAAGGCCACCACAGCCCAUGACCUGGCCAGGAAGCUGCAAGUCCCAAAGAGGGAAGUCAAUCGCGUCUUAUACUCUCUAGCGAGGAAGUGUAGGAUACACCGGGACACAGGGACACCCCCGCUGUGGAGUCUCGUGGUCUCGGUUCAGACUUGGAACCAGCACGGCCAAAGAGCAAGAGCAGACGAUCCGGGCCCGGGGGCGCCACCCUCAGACCCCCGUGUCGAAGCGGAAAGCAGUCACCCCACAUCUGACUUGGAAGAUUCUCCUGAGCCUUUUGACAUGGCUGAGAUGAAGGAGAAAAUCUGCGAGUACCUCUUUCACGCGUUGAGCUCCUCCGCCCUGAAUUUAGCUAAAAACAUUGGCCUCACGAGGGCCCGGGAUGUCAAUGCCGUGCUGAUUGACUUGGAAAGGCAGGGGGACGUCUAUAGACAAGGGACAACCCCUCCCAUGUGGUAUUUGACCGACAAGAAGCGAGAGCGGAUCCAGAUCAAGAGAAACACGCACAGUGUUCCUGAAACCAGUCCAGCUGCUACCCCCGAGACCAACAGCAACGCCGAGCUCCCCACCUUUAGCUCCCCCACACCUGAUGCCUCCGACGGCCUGGAGACUCCAGUGAAAGUGGAGAAUGGGCAGGAGCCGCUCAUAAAGACAGAGAGUCGGCAAGAGGUCCCACCAGAGCCAGUAAAAUUGAAAGCACCUGUUCAGGACAAUGGCCCCUCAAAAACAGGGUACGUUGACUUUGAAAAUGGCCAGUGGGCCACAGACGACAUCCCCGAUGAUUUGAACAGUAUCCACGCGGCUCCAGGUGAGUUCCGAGCCAUCAUGGAGAUGCCCUCCUUCUACAGCCACGGCCUGCCGCGGUGCUCGCCCUACAAGAAGCUGGCAGAGUGCCAGCUGAAGAACCCCAUCAGCGGGCUGUUAGAGUACGCCCAGUUCGCUAGUCAGACCUGUGAGUUCAACCUCAUCGAGCAGAGUGGACCGCCCCACGAACCUCGAUUUAAAUUCCAAGUUGUCAUCAGUGGCCGAGAGUUUCCCCCAGCGGAAGCUGGCAGCAAGAAAGUGGCCAAGCAGGACGCAGCUAUGAAAGCCAUGACGAUUCUGCUUGAGGAGGCGAAGGCGAAGGACAGUGGAAGACCAGAAGAGCCGUACUACUGUUCCAUAGAGAAGGGAUCGGAGAAGACUGCAGAGUCCCAGCUCACCAUCCCUUCAGCAACUUCCUUCUUCUCUGGGAAGAACCCCGUCACUACGUUGCUUGAGUGUGUGCAGAAGUUGGGGAGCUCCUGUGAAUUCCGCCUCCUGUCCAGAGAAGGCCCCGCCCACGACCCCAAGUUCCAGUACUGUGUUGCCAUGGGAGCCCACACGUUCCCCACGGCGAGUGCCCCCAGCAAGAAAGCGGCCAAGCAGAUGGCUGCGGAGGAAGCGAUGAAGGCCCUGCACGGGGAGGCGACCAACGCCACAGCUUCCGAGAACCAGCUCGGAAGUGCCAACACGGAAUCGUUGGAUAACCUGGAAUCUGUGAUGCCCACCAAGGUCAGGAGGAUUGGCGAGCUCGUGCGCUACCUGAACACCAACCCCGUGGGUGGCCUGUUGGAGUACGCCCGCUCCCACGGCUUUGCAGCCGAGUUCAAGCUGGUGGACCAGUCCGGACCGCCCCACGAGCCCAAGUUCGUGUACCAAGCAAAAGUCGGGGGUCGCUGGUUCCCAGCCGUCUGCGCGCACAGCAAGAAGCAAGGCAAGCAGGACGCGGCGGACGCCGCCCUCCGUGUGCUCAUUGGGGAGGACGAGAAGGCCGAGCGCAUGGGUUUCACAGAGCUCCCUCUCACCGGCAGCACCUUCCACGACCAGAUCGCCAUGCUGAGUCACCGGUGCUUCAACACGCUCACCAACAGUUUCCAGCCCUCCUUGCUAGGCCGCAAGAUCUUGGCUGCCAUCAUCAUGAAGAAAGACUCCGAAGACCUGGGGGUUGUGGUCAGCUUGGGGACAGGGAACCGCUGUGUGAAAGGGGACUCUCUGAGCCUGAAGGGCGAGACCGUCAACGACUGCCAUGCAGAGAUCGUGUCCCGCAGAGGCUUCAUCAGGUUUCUCUACAGCGAGUUAAUGAAGUACAACCCCCAGACGGCGAAGGACAGUAUAUUCGAGCCUGCUAAGGGGGGACAGAAGCUCCAGAUAAAGAAGACCGUGUCGUUCCAUCUCUAUAUCAGCACGGCCCCGUGUGGGGACGGCGCCCUCUUUGACAAGUCCUGCAGCGACCGUGCCGUGGAGAGCACAGACUCCCGCCACUACCCCGUCUUUGAGAACCCCAAACAAGGCAAGCUCCGCACCAAGGUGGAGAAUGGGGAAGGUACCAUCCCAGUGGAGUCCAGUGACAUUGUGCCAACGUGGGACGGCAUCCGGCUUGGGGAGAGACUCCGAACCAUGUCCUGUAGUGACAAAAUCCUGCGCUGGAACGUGCUCGGCCUGCAGGGGGCCCUGUUGACCCACUUCCUGCAGCCCGUGUACCUCAAAUCCGUUACUCUGGGUUACCUUUUCAGCCAAGGGCAUCUGACCCGUGCCAUUUGCUGUCGUGUGACAAGAGAUGGGAGUGCAUUUGAGGAUGGACUACGACACCCCUUUAUUGUCAACCACCCCAAGGUUGGCCGAGUCAGCGUAUACGAUUCCAAAAGGCAGUCCGGAAAGACGAAGGAGACGAGCGUCAACUGGUGUCUGGCUGACGGCUACGACCUGGAGAUCCUGGAUGGGACCCGGGGUACCGUGGACGGGCCACGGAAUGAGUUGUCCCGGGUCUCCAAAAAGAACAUUUUCCUCCAGUUUAAGAAGCUCUGCUCUUUCCGGGGGCGCAGGGACCUGCUUAAACUCUCCUACGGCGAGGCCAAGAGAGCUGCCAGUGACUAUGAGACAGCCAAGAACUACUUCAAGAAAAGCCUGAAGGACAUGGGCUAUGGCAACUGGAUAAGCAAACCCCAGGAGGAAAAGAACUUUUACCUCUGCUCAGUAUAGUGGGAGCCAGUGACGACUGAGGGGUUCGGGUGUACCACACUGGGGCGGUAGCAUUCCUCACCAAAUCGGCCCGGGGGUCUCCUUCCCUUCCCUUCCGCUCCUCCUCUCUCCCCCCUCUUUUCUCUCUUCUCUCGAAUGAACUGCGAUCGGUGAUGCUGAGAACUUGGGGUUAUCCUGCUUCUGUCGGGAAGACCAGGCCAGGUCUCACCUGGCCUCCUCGUUUCCCAAGCAGAGGCAGAGACCGAAGGGAAAAGGGAAGGGGUCCUCUCGUUUCCACCCAAAGCGGAAACUGUCACUGAGCACCUGCAGCCGCUCCCUCUUCACUUCCGUUUUGGUUUUCCCAUUUCUCUUCCCUCUGUCUGCUGCGCUGACCUCCGGUGGUCUUGAUUAGGUUCUGUCAGCGCUGUCAGUCACGUCAGGGACGGAGGAUUUCCUUUGUGGGCUCUGCAGGCCUCUCUGCUUCCCCUCUGCCCCUUCGGAGAUUCCUUCCUUGUGACCGGUUUCUCCUUUUCCUCCAAGAGGGUAAAGAGAGGAACGUAAAGGUUUGCUGUAACGUGUAAGGGCAGGAGUCUGGGACUGCAGUCAGCUAAAGCCCAACGCCAAGUGUAAUCGGAGUCCACAGCUAAUGCUCAGCGACCUUCAGAUCUUGCACUUUAGCUUGGGGUUGCAGGGGAUGAGCAGAGACAGGGAAAGCUGCCACUCAGAAGCGUGUCCCUUCCCCAGGUGGCAGCGGAGGCGAGGACCAGCCAGCCGGCUGAGGGCAUUGCCUGAGCAGCAGCUGAGGUGUCCCCUGCAGGGAUGACGCAGACCGCUUCCCGGGGAGUGCAGACAUGCCUUGGACUAUUGCCACGCUCCCGGCCACCCUUCCUAAAGCAUUCCUAGGAAUUUGUGGCAGGGAUUAGGGCCAGAACCCCAACCACCUGCUGGGGAAAAGCCCAGGAGAAAUCCUAGAGGGCAAAUCAUCUCCACUUAGCUAAUCAGGGCUUAGCAAAAGUGAGGGCAAAAAAGUGACGUUGGGUCAGGUCCCUGCUCACUGGACAUAGAUCUCAUGGCAGUGGCACCAAGGGGCAUUGACUAAGAAGAACGCUGUGCAAGUUGAUUCUUAACUGCGACAGAUUGCCUGCAAUUGCACAGAUUUAAAAUUCAGAUGCAACUUACCAUUUAGCCAAGUGCUUUUCUUUUUUUUCCUUUUUUUUUUUUUGCCAGAUAGCUUCAGGUCAUUCACGGGCAGAUCACAGACCUGGUCUCCCUACCUGUCGGGGAAUCUUUAUAGGGUUGACAUACAACAACAGUUGUAGGGGAAAGGCCAGGUUGUCCUCAGACUCUGGGAGGCAGAGCCCUUGGCCUACACCUCAGGCUGAGCUGACUGGUCAGGACCUCGCUGGGGUCUGGCUCUGGGCCAAAGGCAGCCAGAUGUGCUUGAGAGAAGCACACCUGCCACCUUGAGACCCGAGCCAGACUCUUAUUGAGAGGGUUCCUCUAUCUGUGAGCGUGCCAGGGCCCUCAAAUUCUUUUCCAUCCUCCCCCAGCCCUGCAAACUGUGGACUAGUUAACCCCUCCCCCAGCCUGUCCCACCUCUGCGGUAUAUACAUCUACACUCACAGUUUUGCUCUUGUGUUGUGGCUACUGUUCCCAAAAAUUGACCAAAUGAGAAAACCCGCGCCUUUUUAAUACACUAAGGAUGACGUUGCGGAACAGCAGCGUGUCCCCAGGAGCUGGUAGGGAAACUGCGUGCGUUCUGGGUUGACGGGCCUGCCCCCCUUCCCGUGACUGCUGAGGGCACAUUAGUGAGCCUGCCCAGGAGGCAGCUGGUCUCCCUGCUGCUUCAGAUGGCUGGUGGCCCCUCUGGUCCCUCGGGCAUGAGACCCUCCUGCAGAGCUGUGACUCAGCUGCUGAUUUACCCGGGAGCACGUGACUCUCCAGAAGCCAGAGCCCCACUCACCCCAGGGUCUUAUCAGGCAGCCGUUCAGCCUUCGGUUUCUGCUGUAGGGAGAGUGAGGCCCCUGAACCCCAGUGUUUGCUGAGGAGGAGCCUGUGUCACAGGACCGAGGGGGCAGUGUCCUCUUCACUUUCUUGUCCAGUCUUUGUUUUUAAUAAGCAGACCCCUUCCCUCACCUUUUUUUUUUAAUGAUCUUUGUAGUUGAUUUGUCUGAACUGUGGCUAUUGUGCAUUCUUUCAAUAAUCAAUUGUAAAAAUUGUUGCUGCUUGAAGCCGUUUCCUUGACUCAUGUGGAAGGGACUUCGCUGGUUUUGGGGGUCUCAGCAGUGACCCCAAGAGCAGAGUGUGGGAAGGAGCCCAGGCUCCCUGGACUCGGGAGCUGUGAUGGUUGCAGUUUUUUUUGAUUCCGCUUUUACGUGUCCCCUCAAAACAGUAACUAACACAUACAUUCCUCAAUAAAA